AUGCCUAAAUCUGCUUCUUCUGGCGCCCCCAAGGUGCAGAAGGUCUGCACCUUGUGGACCCAUGAUCACGGCGUUUCCCGCGAAGACGUCCUGUUCAACAUUGACCGCUUCUCCGAGCUUGCAAUUAGUCCAGGCAGCCUGGUGAAGAUCGUGGCAUUGAACCAGAACACAUCCGUCCGUGAUUUCCAAGAGCUGGCCCGAACCCCGUCUCAAGAUGGCAGCCGUCGCAUCAAGCUGGACACUCGCCGCGCCCCCUCCACGAGCGGCUUCUCGUCGAGGAAACCCCACGGCGGCUCCUUCACCUUGACCCUCGACGAGAACGGCCAUCGCAUCCAGGGCGGCCGCGAUGUCGACCCGAGCAAGACUUACGUAUUCCAAGCAAAAGCAAUGGGCCCGGACCUGAAGACAAAAUAUCCCACCCUGCAAGUCUCCAUUUCCGACCACAUUGCCCGUAACUUUGGCUUUCGUAACCGCAUGCAAGUAAUGCUUUCUCCCGCUGAGCAUGACUUGUACUCGGCCUCUCAUGUUGAGAUCAGUUUCCGUGACGAGUACUUGUCGCGCGCCGACAUGUGGAGGUUUGCCAUUGCUGAGCUCAGUGGCAAGACCGUCUACAAGGGCCAGAAGUUACUGUUCAUGGGCACCAUCAAGGCCACUGUCAAGAACGUCUUCGUCGACGGCCAAACAACCCAUUCUGCCUACUUUUCCACAAUGACGAAGCCCGUCUUUCGUAGUGAAUCUGCUCGCUACGUACUGUUCCUUCAAAUGUCAAAAGAAAUGUGGAAUUUCGACACUGAAGGAUCAGGCGAGAUCAUGUUCAACAAGAUCAUCAACGGCUUCCUCCCUGACUUGUUCAAGCGGUGGCAGAGGCUGGACGCAAAGCACCUCAUCACCAUCAUCAUGUUCACACGCAUGCAGUAUGAUCGAGGCUUUCUUCCCGAUGGCACACAGGCGAAUGGCCUGCCGUUCGAUCCCGAUGCAGCGGCUGGCUCCGCCACGAGGGAUUUCUACCGCGUGGUAGUGAGUGAGAUGGCUAGCUGUGACUGGAUCAACAUCCUCUACCAGCUCAAGAAAGAGUUUCGAAAGUUCCUCCGAGACGUCUCAGUCAUGCCAUUCUCACAUCCAAAGAAAACAACGACAGGCUUGCAGGAUGCCUUCGAGGGCGAGCCAGAAGCAGAGCCCGAGACCAUCAUUGCGGGAACGCCUCGAACGUCGGACAAGGGAAACAUCCUGGAGGCCAUCAACCUUGCCGCGCUGCAAUACUCAAAAGAUUACAUCGACAGGGACCUUGUGAGGACCGGCAUUUCGGUGAUAGUCAUCUCUCCAGGCAGUGGCAUCUUUGAGGUGGACUACAACAUGCUCAAGCUUACUACUGACAUCUUACUUGGAAGCGGCAUCGGCAUCGAUCUAGUUUGUUUGCAGCCAAUGCCUUUACAUUCCGUGCCUCUCUUCAAGUACCGCACUCCACGCCUGGCCACAGAGACCGAUACGAAACUACAAAGAGUGGUUGAAACGGAUGACGUCGGCUCUAAGUUCGAUUUUGGUGCGGAUGAUGAGACGCCGCGCCAAACGUUCCCCAAUUUUGGACCAUCCCGGCACCCGAAGCACCGCGGCUCAACUUCCUUGGCAGCAUCCCCUGCAAAACUCGGACUCGGAAGUUAUCAAUCACACCCUGCCUUGGACCCUGAACCAGGUGAAUGGAGCUACGCAAUGCCGCAUUGGUUGGACAUUUCCUACUGGAGUGGCUCGUCUGAUGAGAUCUUUGGUAUGGAACAAGUGAAUAAGCGAGGUAAUCCCCAGGCGAGAUCGCAAAGAAAAUCCAAAGGCUUUUCAUUGAGAUGUCGCAUGUACGAGCUUCAGAUGAUGGGUGUCAUGGAGAACGAGAUGAGCAAUAUUUCCCUACCGUACUUGCAGGAGAACCCCUUGUAUCCUUGGUCGCUAUUGGCUCCGGCUGAUGACGGUCCGAACCGACGUAGUCACGAGAAAGACAGCUUGCUCAUCUCUGCUUCGUCUUCCCCAGUGGAAACACGUACCAUACAUCGAUCGCGUAUGCAUGGUUCGGAUGAACACAUGGCAAUGCAGCGUGGUUGGAUGGAUGCCUAUGAUGAUCACAUCUUCCGCACUCUGGCUGACCGUAAGAAAACGGAAGAGAACGCGCGAAAAGACCGGCAAGAGAAGGAACUUGAAGCACGACAUGUGCUGCGUAGCAACCGCUUCAGAUACCCACCGAACGAAUCCCUCCUCUCAGCAUCGUUCAACAGCCAAGCUGAAUCGGUGGUGAGCUCUGGUCGGCCUCCAAAAUCCCCUUCAUUUCUAAGAGGGAAAGAGAAAACGGACAGUUCGACAGACUCGCUGGACAAGGAUCUGCGUAGUUCUCGAAUCACGGUCAACAAGAGAUUGAGCGUUGCUUCUAGAGCUACGCAGGACUUUUCCACAAGUCCAGUGGGUCGGGACAUCCGCCACCCUCUCCUCAUGGAUCGAGCGAAUACAGCUGCUCGGUUACCGCCUCGAAGCGUUCCAGCUGAAUCUCUUCCUGAGGACGAGGACUCUCCAACGAAAUUCGAUGUUGACUCACGACCAAUGACGCCGGAACGUGGACGAACGAAAGAUGCUGUUAACGCAGGUUCAGACCGUUCCACAAACUCUAGUACCAAUCCGCGCCCAUCUAAGUGGCUUUCGAGGCACAUCAGCUUCUCUGCAUUCGGUUUUGGGCCGUCGAAAGCUGCUCCGAGUACUGAGGUCACAACAAGUAAGGUAGCCGCUGUGGGGACAUUGAGCAAAAUCGCGCCAAGUACUUCCGUGGCCAAGAAGCCGUCGCAGCUCAGCGUGUUGUCCACAGCGCUUAAAGGGAGUGAUGCUCAUGACCCGAAAAGAGCGACCGAGCCCAUUGAAAUCUCGAAAAAACCAUCCAUAAGUGAGGCUUCCCAAUCGAGCGUACGCGUUGGCUCCGGUACACCGAAAGGUCGAUUUGAAGACAAGGCCCUGUCCACUUCACACGCCACAACAGACAUCAAAGACCCCGGCUCGCUCUUCCUACUUGCUGGUUCCAAAACUCUGCUUGACCAGGUGGGACCCAAGAUUAACCUGUCCUCGAGUGGGGACAGACAAGAAAUACCGAGGACCUUAUCGCCAACCAAUUUCCUGGCGCCGUGGAUGGUCCUCGUAAAUCCUUGUAAUCCGAGGAAAAACAAUCUCAGCCUUGCGGGCCAGUUCCGGCGCUGGCAUCAUGUUUUCCCUCGCCCUCUGAAGGCAACAUCAAUCAAGUGGAAGUCGCUUUGUUCGCCAGCGGCCGUGCCGUUGACAAAUGAUUUUUUCCCCAGCGCGGAACAGCUCGCCACGGAGUAUAACGAGAACCCAUACAGAAUCAUUCAAAAUGACGAAGAGGAACUGUACGCUACGCCUAAGAGCCGAGAGAAUCUCAUCAGGGAGCUUGUGGCUUUCCGGCUUGCUCAUGGGUUCCAGAUCAUCAUUGGCUCCUCGGUAUCGGAAUUCACCGGGAAGCCCGAACAGGACAUAGCCAACAUCUUUGCACGAGACUACAUGCUUGAGGCCGGGGCAUCCAUUUUCAUGUCUCUUGGAAGUACCAUCCACCAGUUGGUCUGCGUAAGUGCCGGGGAGGUCGAGGUCAAAAGGUUCCACAGGAAACCGGCGGCGGAAAUUGCGUCAUCGGACAGAGCAAAGCCGCCGUUCACAUACCAACCGCUGAUCCGAACGGCUCUUGACGAGAAGUACGAGUUCCAGGAGUUCCCGUUGAAGAACCCCCGGGACGAAUACAACUGGAACUUCAUAGACAGCUACUUGGCUGGCUACGAGCAAGAUUUCUCCGACACUCUCCGGUUCUGGCGAGCUCGCUUCGUCCUCAUCCCGGUAGAUAUCCCACCAAAUCCGCGUCGACACUUGUCAAUGCUCGCCGAAGAUUCGGACGAGGAGAUUCGGUUGGAGGGCAUUCGAAAACUCACGCAGAUCUGGCAGAAGUGGAGAUAUGUUCCGCCUGAAGAGAGACAAUAUCAGGCGGCAGUACGCAUGAGCAAGGAUGCAAACCCGCUGGCCAUUGAAUAUCAAACAAGGGAUCCGUCCGCGGUCGUUGCUGCUGGUCCGGACGGAACGAUCCUAGCAGAAGGAACGACCGACGCCUUUUCGACGGCGCUCUUUGCAGGAAAUGAGCAGUACAAUCGUUCGAAUUACGACAUUACGAAGCUUGCCGCGGACUUGCAGGGGGAGAAGGGCAUCCCAAUGACUGACAGGAGAUGGCAUUUCAAGCUCCAUCUCAGCUGUUUUCUCGGCUUCGACUUGACCACUUGGCUGCUGCAGAAUUUCCGGGACAUCAACACCAGAGAGCAGGCAGUGGAGCUCGGCAAUGAGAUCAUGGGCAAGGGGCUGUUCCACCAUGUCACACGGAAGCAUCCUUUCCGUGAUGGUAAUUUCUUCUUCCAAAUCUCGACAGAAUACAGAGCACCCCGAUCGGAGACCAAAAGUUGGCUUGCAGGUCUCAGCACCCGUCGCUCUGACAAAUCGUCGGUUCCAUCGACUCCUUCGACCACCGAGGCGAGACCAAUGUCCAUUGCUUCGUCCAGCUCAGUCCCCAGGUCAAGACCAACCACUGCAACCUCAGACAAUGGAGACAAGACACCCACGCGGAUGGGCAGUCCACGCAAACAGGCAGUCUUAAGCAAUGUCAUGCGCAUCGACGUCGACAACCGAAAGAGGUCUUAUAGACCCGAAGUCGUCAACCUUCACUAUGAUCGGCUGCACAACCCAGACAACUGCUAUCACAUCCGCAUCGAGUGGAUGAACGUCACGGCAAAGCUGAUCGAAGACGCCAUCAACACUUGGGCGACUAGCGUGGAGAAGUAUGGACUGAGGCUCGUGGAGCUGCCUUUAGCUGAAGCAUCACACAUGGGAGACUCGCACCCAUUUCGCGCGCCUUACAUAGUGCGUCUGGCGUGCCAGCCACCAAAGGGAGCCCCGCAACAGCAGUACUUCGACUCGACGUCGUUCGGGCCGCAGCGGCAUACCGAUAGGUUCGUCUACCACAAAGCCAUCUUGAAAAAACUCAACUUUGUGCUCGACAUGGAGUCGGCGGCCUCCUUUCCGGCCGACGUCGACGUCACGUAUUCGUGGGGCAAGCCAGACUACAACCACACGCAGUUCAUCCACAAGACCGGCGUCGUACUAGCGCAAAUCACCGACGACGGCGACUUCUUGCUGCUGGCGAACCGGCUGUGCAACAACCGCGGCGCCUUCGGCAUCGGCCUCACCCGCGACGGCAAGCUGUCGUCUGCGGCGGACGGCACAGCAGCAGGAGGAGGAGGUGGUGGUGAUCAGCAGCAACAGCCACUGCCGCAACGCCGCGAGCCCACCCCCAUCUUCGCACUCCAAAACCCCACGCAGAACGUGCGCUCGCCGUUCGCGUCGCCGCUCAUGCGCCCCACGCCCGACACGCUCAUCAGCGCCGCGCUGCUGAACUCGAACCAGCGCCUCGGCGGCGGCAGCUCGGACGGCAAGGGCGGCUUCAAGACGGCGGAGCAGAUCAAGGACGAGAUCGAGUCCCUCUGCUACGACGAGCGCGCGCUGCGCCUCUUCUACGCCGAGUUCGCGGCCGCCGAGCAGCACCUCCAGCAGACGACCAACAACAGCGACCGCGGCAGCAUCCACCUCAAGCGCCGCAACAACAGCGGCGCCUCGCCCAGCCCGCGCAUCUCGGCGUCGUCGUCGGCCAUGAUGAACGUCGUCAGCAGCCCCCGGAUGACGCCGACCGUCGUGCUCGACUCGCACAUCCCCAGCCUGGGCCUGCCGCCGAACCUCACCGCGCCGGCGCCGGGUAGCGGCGGCUCCGGCUCGACGGCGGCGCAGGCGCCCGCGGUGUCGGUGUCGGUGGGGAGCAGCGGUAAUGGGAGAGAGGUGUCUCCCGGAGCGCCGUCGCUGGCGCAUCCGCCGCCGCCGAGUCUAGGCUCGUCCACGCCUGCUGUAGGGCCGCAUCUUCGGGCUCCGUCGUCGUCGGCGGCUUCGUCGCCGGCGCCGACGCUGUUGGAUGCCGGUGGCUCGACGCCCGCGUCGGUGAGCAGUAGUGGUGUCAAUGGUAAUGUUGCUAAUAAUGGUGGUGGUGGUGGGGGAGUCGGAUCGGGAGGUGGGUUUUUUGGGACCGUCACUACUAUUACUGGAGGGACGGCGGCGUCCCAUUCGAGGAACGCUACGCGAUCGUCGGAGAAUGGGGAUGUUAGUCAGUAG